AUGGGACCUUUAGAGAAACUAUUCAGCCUUUUUUCCUUAGUCCUGUUUGUUGCACUCUUUUCUUCAACCAUUGAUGUUGCUUCUGCUUCUGCUGAAGAAGCUAAUGUCAGUCCCUGCAAUUGGUUUGGAGUUUCUUUCAACCUUGAUGGAAGCGUCAUUAGAUUGAACCUCACAAGUUCAAGUGUAAAUGGAAACAUCCCCCCAGAAAUCUGCCUGCUAACAAAUCUUGAAACUCUCCACUUGUUCGAUAAUCAGUUGAACGGCUCAAUUCCUCAAAAGAUAGGCCAGUUAAAGUCUCUAAUUGAGCUUGUUUUGUACACCAACAGUCUUUCAGGUCCCAUUCCUACUUCUUUAGCCAAUUUGAGAAACUUGACUCGUCUAUAUCUCUAUAGAAAUAAUCUUUCUGGUUCCAUUCCUCCCGAAAUGGGAGACCUAGUCAAUCUUGUUGAGCUCUACACGAAUGGCAACAAUCUCACAGGUCUUAUUCCUUCCACAUUGGGAAACUUGAAUAACCUAACUGUGUUGCACUUGUUCAACAAUUCCCUAUCUGGUUCCAUGCCCCAAGAGAUAGGACAGUUGAAAUCGCUCCAGAGCCUAACCUUUCAAACCAACAAUCUUACUGGCUCAAUCCCAACAUCUUUAGGUGAUUUGAGCUCCCUAGCUCGACUAUACCUCUAG